AUGCCAACAACAGAAAAACCAACAACAGAAAAGCCAACAACAGAAACGCCAACAACAGAAGAAGACACAACAGAAAAAACAACAACAGAAAAAUUAACAACAGAAAAAACAACCACAGAGGAAGUCACAACAGAAGAAGACACAACAGAAAAACCAACAACCGAAGCAGACACAACAAAAGAAGACAUAACAGAAAGAGACACAACAGAAAAAUCAACAGCACAAGAAAAAACCACAGAAGAACCCACAACAGAAACAGGCACAACAAACGAAGUCACAGCCGCAGAAGACACAACGCAAAAAGAAACAUCAGAAGAAGUUACAACAGAAGAAGACACAACAGAAGAAUACACAACAGGAAAAACAACAACAGAAAAACCAACCACAGAAGAAUACACAACAGAAGAAAGCACAACAGAAGAAUACACAAUAGAAGAAAGCACAACAGAAGAAAGCACAACAGAAGAAUACACAACAAAAGAAAGCACAACAGAAGAAUAUACAACAGAAAAACCAACCACGGAAGAAUAUACUACAGAAGAAAGAACAACAGAAGAAAGCACAACAGAAGAAAGCACAACAGAAGAAAGCACAACAGAAGAAAACACAACAGAAGAAAGCACAACAGAAGAAUAUACAACAGAAAAACCAACCACGGAAGAAUACACAACAGAAGAAAGCACAACAGAAGAAAACAGAACAGAAGAAAGCACAACAGAAGAAAGCACAACAGAAGAAAACACAACAGAAGAAAGCACAACAGAAGAAUAUACAACAGAAAAACCAACCACGGAAGAAUACACAACAGAAGAAAGCACAGCAGAAGAAUACACAACAGAAAAACCAACCACGGAAGAAUAUACUACAGAAGAAAGAACAACAGAAGAAAGCACAACAGAAAACCAAACCACGGAAGAAUACACAACAGAAGAAAGCACAACAGAAGAAAACACAACAGAAGAAUACACAACAAAAGAAAGCACAACAGAAGAAACGAUAGAAGAAUAUACAACAGAAGAGGACACAACAGAAAAACUAACAACACACGAAGACACAACCGAAGAAGACACAACAGAAGAAGAAACAACAGAAGAGGACACAACAGAAGCAUACACAACAGAAGAAGAUACAACAGAAAAACCAACAACAGACGAAGAAAACACAACCGAAGAAGACACAACAGAAGAAAGCACAAAAGAAGAAUAUACAACAGAAAAACCAACCACGGAAGAAUACACAACAGAAGAAUACACAACAAAAGAAAGCACAACAGAAGAAACGACAGAAGAAUAUACAACAGAAGAGGACACAACUGAAAAACUAACAACACACGAAGACACAACCGAAGAAGACACAACCGAAGAAGACACAACAGAAGAAGACACAACAGAAGAAAACACAACAGAAGAAGUAACAACAGAAAAAAGCACAACUGAAGAAGAAACAAUAGAAAAUGCAACAACAGAAAAAUCAACAACAGAAGAGGACACAACAGCAGAAUACAUAACAGAAGAGGACGCAACAGUAGAGGACACAACAGAAGAAGUCACAGCAGAAGAGAACAUAACAGAAGAAUACACAACCGAAGAAGAAACAACAGAAAAACUAACAACAGGCGAAGACACAACCGAAGAAGACACAACCGAAGAGAACACAACAGAAGAAUACACAGCUGAAGAAGAAACAACACAAAAAGAAACAACAGAAGAAGUCACAACAGAAAAACCAACAACAGAAAAACCAAGAACAGGCGAAGACACAACCGAAGAAGACACAACCGAAGAAAGCACAGCUGAAGAAGAAACAAUAGAAAAUGCAACAACAGAAAAAUUAACAACAGAAGAGGACACAACAGAAGAAUACAUAACAGAAGAGGAUACAACAGUAGAGGACACAACAGAAGAAGUCACAACAGAAGAGAACACAACAGAAGAAUACACAACCGAAGAAGAAACAACAGAAGAAGUCACACCAGAAAAACCAACAAAAGAAAAACUAACAACAGGCGAAGACACAACCGAAGAAGACACAACCGAAGAGAACACAACAGAAGAAUACACAGCUGAAGAAGAAACAACACAAAAUGAAACAACAGAAGAAGUCACACCAGAAAAACCAACAACAGGCGAAGACACAACCGAAGAAGACACAACAGAAGAAGACACAACAGAAGAGGACACAACAGAAGAAAACACAACAGAAGAAGUAACAACAGAAAAAAGCACAACUGAAGAAGAAACAAUAGAAAAUGCAACAACAGAAAAAUCAACAACAGAAGAGGACACAACAGCAGAAUACAUAACAGAAGAGGACGCAACAGUAGAGGACACAACAGAAGAAGUCACAGCAGAAGAGAACAUAACAGAAGAAGAAACAACAGAAAAAGAAACAACAGAAGAAGUCACACAAGAAAAACCAACAACAGAAAAACCAACAACAGAAAAACCAACAACAGGCGAAGACACAACCGAAGAAGACACAACCGAAGAAAGCACAGCUGAAGAAGAAACAAUAGAAAAUGCAACAACAGAAAAAUCAACAACAGAAGAGGACACAACAGAAGAGGACACAACAGAAGAAUACAUAACAGAAGAAGACACAACAGAAAACCAAACAAUAGAGAAGAACACAAUAGAAGAAGAAACGACAGAAUACCCAACAGAAGAUGACUCAACUAGAGAAAAUAGAACAGAAGCAGACAUAACAGAAGAAGACGUAACAGAAGAAGACAUAACAUCAGAAGACACAACUGAAGAAGAAGAUACAACAGAAGAGUACACAACAGAAGAAGAAGCAAUAGAAGAAGACAUAGCAGAAGACGGCAAGAUAGAAGAAGGCCCAACAGAAAAAGUCAAAGAAGAAGAAUACACAACAGAUGAAAACACAACAGCCGAGGACUCAUCAGAGAAACCAAAAUCAGAGGAAGACACAUCGAAAGAAAUAGCCACAGAGACACCCAAAUCAGAAGAACACAUAUCGCAGGAAGCACCUGACGGGGCACCUUUCUUCGAAGGACACAUAUCAAAGGAAGAACCCAACGAGACACCAAAAUCAGAAGAAGACACAUCGACAGAAGAACAAAAAGAGAAACCAAAAUCAGAGGAAGACACAUCGAAAGAAAAAGCCACAGAGACACCCAAAUCAGAAGAACACACAUCGCAGGAAGCACCUGACGGGGCACCUUUCUUCGAAGGACACAUAUCAAAGGAAGAACCCAACGAGACACCAAAAUCAGAAGAAGACACAUCGCAGGAAGCACCUGACGGGGCACCUUUCUUCGAAGGACACAUAUCAAAGGAAGAACCCAACGAGACACCAAAAUCAGAAGAAGACACAUCGCAGGAAGCACCUGACGGGGCACCUUUCUUCGAACCACACAUAUCAAAGGAAAAACCCAACGAGACACCAAAAUCAGAAGAAGACACAUCGACAGAAGAACAAAAAGAGAAACCAAAAUCAGAGGAAGACACAUCGAAAGAAAAAGCCACAGAGACACCCAAAUCAAAAGAACACACAUCGCAGGAAGCACCUGACGGGGCACCUUUCUUCGAAGGACACAUAUCAAAGGAAGAACCCAACGAGACACCAAAAUCAGAAGAAGACACAUCGACAGAAGAACAAAAAGAGAAACCAAAAUCAGAGGAAGACACAUCGAAAGAAAAAGCCACAGAGACACCCAAAUCAGAAGAACACACAUCGCAGGAAGCACCUGACGGGGCACCUUUCUUCGAAGGACACAUAUCAAAGGAAGAACCCAACGAGACACCAAAAUCAGAAGAAGACACAUCGCAGGAAGCACCUGACGGGGCACCUUUCUUCGAAGGACACAUAUCAAAGGAAGAACCCAACGAGACACCAAAAUCAGAAGAAGACACAUCGACAGAAGAACAAAAAGAGAAUCCAAAAUCAGAGGAAGACACAUCGAAAGAAAAAGCCACAGAGACACCCAAAUCAGAAGAACACACAUCGCAGGAAGCACCUGACGGGGCACCUUUCUUCGAAGGACACUUAUCAAAGGAAGAACCAAACGAGACACCAAAAUCAGAAGAAGACACAUCGACAGAAGAACAAAAAGAGAAUCCAAAAUCAGAGGAAGACACAUCGAAAGAAAAAGCCACAGAGACACCCAAAUCAGAAGAACACACAUCGCAGGAAGCACCUGACGGGGCACCUUUCUUCGAAGGACACUUAUCAAAGGAAGAACCAAACGAGACACCAAAAUCAGAAGAAGACACAUCGCAGGAAGAACUUGCAUGGGGACCUAAAUUACCCGAGUUCAUAUCCAAGGAAGAACCUGCAGAGAAACUUAAAUCAGAAGAGCACACAUCGAAGGAAGAACCAAACGAGACACCAAAAUCAGAAGAAGACACAUCGCAGGAAGAACUUGCAUGGGGACCUAAAUUACCCGAAUUCAUAUCCAAGGAAGAACCUGCAGAGAAACUUAAAUCAGCAGAACACACAUCGCAGGAAGCACCUGACGGGGCACCUUUCUUCGAAGGACACAUAUCAAAGGAAGAACCCAACGAGACACCAAAAUCAGAAGAAGACACAUCGCAGGAAGCACCUGACGGGGCACCUUUCUUCGAACCACACAUAUCAAAGGAAAAACCCAACGAGACACCAAAAUCAGAAGAAGACACAUCGACAGAAGAACAAAAAGAGAAACCAAAAUCAGAGGAAGACACAUCGAAAGAAAAAGCCACAGAGACAGCCAAAUCAGAAGAACACACAUCGCAGGAAGCACCUGACGGGGCACCUUUCUUCGAAGGACACAUAUCAAAGGAAGAACCCAACGAGACACCAAAAUCAGAAGAAGACACAUCGCAGGAAGCACCUGACGGGGCACCUUUCUUUGAAGGACACAUACCAAAGGAAGAACACAACGAGACACCAAAAUCAGAGGACACAUCGACCGAAGAACCAACAGAGGAACCUAAAUGA